AUGUCUCGCAAAAUUUCUAACCUAAAUGUAGUCGAACUUGAAGAACCAUCCAAGUACAUUAAGCCAUACCGAAUGAACUUUAUCCAGGAUGGUCGGCGACGCACAUGGGAUGGUAUUCUAGCACAUGAUAGUGUUUCAAUACUUCUGUAUCAUUCUGAGAAAAAGUCAUUACUUUUCGUAAAGCAGUUUCGCCCAGUUGUAUACUAUUCAAAGUUGAGAAAACUUGGAAUUAUCCGAAGUGUAACAGAUGGUCCAGUUAAAAGCAGUGAGAAUAAUCUUCCAUCUAGCGAAAUCGGGGAAACAUUAGAACUAUGUGCUGGAAUAAUCGAUGGAGUCCAAAAAAAUCCAAAAUUAUAUGCUGUUCAAGAGGUUUUGGAAGAAUGUGGCUAUAAAAUCAAUGAAGAUUCCUUACAUUUAAUCAAUUCGUUUUAUUCAAGUGUUGGAUUAGCAGGCACUGAAGUAACUUUAUACUAUGCUGAAGUGCAUGAAAAUCAGAAAGUUCCUAACGCUGGUGGUGGAUUACAUGAAGAAGAUGAAUAUAUUGAAGUGAUAGAAUGGCCUAUUUCACGAAUUGAAGAACUAUUUCAAUAUGGUACCGAUAGUACUCAACAACCUACUUCAUUGUCAUUAUUGUAUGCCAUAAUGUGGUUCAAACAGAAUAUUCUGCCUUCUUUACUUUUAGAAAGUUAGUUUUUUAUUGGCCGAAAUUAGAUUCGUAUAUGUGAAGGAAGGUAGAGGUUUAUAAACAAAUAGAUUUAUUUUAGUCACUUCACAUUAUAAAGGUGUCUUACUGUUUCUUAGUUGUUUGAUUCUGGUAAAACUUGAAAUUAUCAUCUUUCAUCGUAUGAAUUAACCAAAAAUGCACUUUUUUAUUCUUUCAAUUAUAAAAAGUACUACCGAUCAAAUUAAAACUAUUUCCAUCUUUUUGUAGAAAUUCAGUAGGUUUGACGAAAAUUCUAUAAUCUUGUGUUUUCUCUUGCAAAUACUUUCAAAAGACGAUUUUUAGUCAAUGUUAACAACUAUUUGUUUCUUCUUUAUGCAAUGUAAUACUUUUAAAACAUCCGAUCAAAUUUAGCUAAAUAGGAUUUCCUUUUCUAGAAAACUUUCCAUUUUCAAGUUCUUAAAAAGUGUACUCCAAGGUAAGUCUG